AUGCUAAACCCACCAGCAAAGCUUCGGAGUUGCUGCUCUUUGCAAGCGACCUUCGGGCCGCCUGAGCAGAGGCGAACCAGGAGGUUAAACGGAGUGCAAUUACCAUUACACCCUCAACAAGUAGCCGGGUGGUUGGUCCUGGUGCUCCUGAGUUCAUUAACUUUGUUCCUGGUGGUGCCUCAGCUGGCUCCUGGGCUUCGCGAGCCAAUAACCUGCCUGCUGGCUUUAAUCCUGACGAUCCACAUCUUGGCUCACUUAACAGCUCUGCUGUUGGACCCAGCUCACCCAAAAAUUCGUCGGCAGCCGACUAAUCUAGUAGUCCCAGAGUUCGACCGGACGAAGCACCUCCAUGUCAUCGAGAACGGGCGCUGCCACUUGUGCAACAUCACCACCAGCUGCAAGAGAACCAAGCACUGCUCGGUCUGCAACAAGUGCGUCAGGAACUUUGAUCACCACUGCAUGUGGUUGAACAACUGCAUCGGGGGAAGAAACUACGCUGCGUUCAUCGUCUGCGUGGUCUCAGCAAUCCUCUUGGCGCUGACCGUAGCCGGGCUGACCACCUUGGAAGUCACCGCGACCUUCUACUGGGACAAGACCUCCAACUUGGACAACAUGGACAACAUCACGCUGCCUUUCUUGCCGAUCCAAGGGACUAGUUCUCUAGUUGUCAUUUCAAUCGUAGGAAUCAUCUCAGCAAUUGCCGCUGCGCUGCUGAUCCACCUCUGCUUCUUCCACGGGUACAUCGCCUGCCUGGGAGUCACCACCUACGAGUACGUCAGGAGCAAGCGGGAGAAGAAAGCUGCUGAAAACGCGCUUCAGGAAAACCAACAGAGCUCUACUUCGCAAGUUCCCAAUGGAUUCUGCACGGAAAUCAACCAGUAUCACUUCUGCAAGUCGGUUGUUCCUGAAGGCAUCCAGCCUGACUCUAAUCAAGUCUUUAUUUGCUCAACUCACACUCAAUCAAACUCUGCUAUCAACAAGGAGAAGCGGAAUUUUCAUUUGUAUUUUUCCUAUGAGACUCACAGUGACGCUACUUCUAUUGAAUUGUCCUCCAGGUCUGAAGAACAGGUUAGAAGUCCUGGACUUGGAGUUGAAAGGUCCAUUGAACUGAAGCCGUCGACACCCUCACCGGUUUCCUGCUGCUUCUCCAUUAUGAAUCACACGUGGUCUGAUAAGAGGAGCAAGAAGAAGAAGAAGGAUGCUGAAGAGAAACCUAUGACUAGGUGCACUACUGUCAGAAGGAUUCAGUCCUUUUUGAGGACAAGAUGGAGGAAGAAUCCUAGGUCUAGAGCUUUGGAGAAUUCGAGGAGGAAAAAUCGUGUUACGCCUGUUAAUACUCCUGAUUCUGAUAAGGAACUUCAGGUCCAAACAAUCGCAGUACCUUCACCAAAAGACCCCGAAGUGGUGCAAAGGCCAAUAAAACUUCCACCGCUUAAUCUUCCGUCCAGACGAAAUGGAUCCAUAGAGGGUUUAGACACUCUUGCAGCCUCCAGCGGGGUAAUUUUCGCACUACCUGCUGUAAAGAGAAGCCGAGUUCGCCGUCCAUCGCUCCACCGGCGGCCGAGGUUCAAAAUGAGCCCCCACAUGACAACCAAUAUCUGGGAAGAUCUAGGAUCCCCGCGAUUAAUCGUAGCACCGAUGGUAGACGCCAGUGAAUUAGCCUGGAGACUUUUAUCCCGGCGCCACGGCGCUCAGUUGUGCUACACGCCGAUGCUUCACUCCUCAGUCUUCUGCCGGGACCCCAAGUACCGGAAAGAGUUCCUGGCCAGCACAACAGAGGAUCGUCCUUUGAUAGUCCAAUUCUGCGGGAACGACCCAGCGACUCUCUUGGAGGCAGCUCUACUGGCUGAGCCUUACUGCGACGCGGUUGAUAUAAACAUCGGGUGUCCUCAAGCAAUCGCUAAGCGCGGUCACUACGGAGCUUAUUUGCAAGAUGAUUGGGAUUUAUUGGCGAAGAUUGUCAGCACGCUGAGCAAGAGUCUGAAGAUUCCUGUAACUUGCAAGCUUAGAGUCUUUCCUGAGAUUGAUAAGACAAUUGCGUAUGCAAGGAUGUUGGAGACUGCUGGAGCUAGUUUGCUGACUGUUCAUGGAAGAACUAGGGAGCAGAAGGGGCCAUUGACUGGUUUGGCUUCUUGGAAACAUAUCAAAGCUGUCAGAGAAGCUAUUAAGAUUCCAAUGUUCGCAAACGGAAACAUCCAGUGUCUUCAGGACGUAGAAAGAUGUCUGGAAGAAACAAAAGUCCAGGGUGUGAUGACAGCGGAGGGAAGUCUUUACAACCCUUAUAUCUUCAACGGUGUGAAUCCUCCAUGCUGGGAACCUGCUCUGGAGUACUUGGACCUGGUGGAACUUCACCCAGCUCCUGCUUCAUACAUCCGAGGACACUUGUUCAAAAUUUUCCAACAUAUACUUUGUUUGCCGGAAAAUGCUGAAGAACGUGCUCUCCUAGCGCGGUUUUCCACCAUGGAGUCCUUCAGGAGCGUCGUGGAGAGACUCAAGAAUCGAUACUUGCCCUAUCAUGAAGGGAAAAUCCUCUGGGAGCGGAGUACUCUUCCGGAGGAUUGUAAUUUGGUGCUACCACCUUGGCUUUGUCAACCUUAUGUUCGUGAUGCUCCUCAGGUUCAUAUUGAAAAGGUCUCAGCCAAGCAAAUAGAGAGUGAAGGAAUGAAGAGAGAAUUUAUUGAUGAAGAAGGAAACCAAAUAUCUAGAAAAAGAAUGAAAAAAUUACGUCGUGUAGCAAGACGCCCCAAUCAAACUUCGCAGACACCAAAAAUACGCAGGGCAUCUAUUUUAUGUCAAGAGUGUCCUAAUCCAAAGGGAGCCAAAUGUGAGUACAACUAUUGCCGGCAAUGCUGUAGAAACAAAUGUUUCACCGACAACCUCGACUGUGCAGGUCACCGGAACCUAACGAAGACUCGCCGUGAAAUAGCGACUAAUUACGCGAUACAAAGAUUCAACGAUCUAAAAGAAAGCUGA